GAGAUGGGGGGAAAGUUUCAUGAAGACAGAAGGACUGGGAGGACAUCGAGCCAGUUUGGCAGGAGUACGCCAGGAACAAUUCGGUGCUGGGGCACGAGAUGGUGGGCGACAGGUGAAUGGAGGUCGAAAGAGAAUCAGGAAGCCUGCUUUCGAACUCGAAAUGAUGGGGAUGGGAUGCCGGUGCUUGACAUCACCGAGACGAAACUGAGGAGAAGAGACAGCCAUCGUCAGAGCAUUUCUCACAUCGCACUAUCGUAUCUGUUCUGGGUUGUCAAGGCAGUGUGCCAUGGAGCGCCAUCGUACAAAGUCAGGAUGACUUGUGGCAAGAACAUAUCUUCCGGCAGAUGUGACUUGAAGGAGCCUUCGAAGUUGCAACAUUGGGACACGACUGCCUUACUGAAUUUCUGUAUGCUCGGCAGGAGAAAGGCGAAGGUCCAAAAUUCCUGUUCAAAGCAUGGAGGAACAGAGAUGGGGACAUGUGAUCCCGAGGCCAAUCACGAGAGUGAUCCAGAGAGCAAUCCUGAGGACAACACUCAUCACAUGAAGGAGGAUGCUGAUGAUGACACAGAGGAAGGUAGAUCCCCGCAAAAAGAGACCCAGAACAGAGCCUGGUCCUUCGACAGCACAUGA